UAGAGAAAAAAAAUGAGAAAAAAAAAAUCAAAACAUUUUUUUAUCUCUUGAGAUAACUGACUUAUUUAAAAAAUGAACGUUAACAAGACAAUAAUAAAAAAUUUGGUCUUAACAUUGCUUCUGAUUGGAAUGUCUUUAAUACUUCUAUGGAGUUUAAUUAAAGGAAAAAGAACUAUUUUUUCGACGAACAACAUUGCCACUAUUUUUAAUGACAAGUCCGGAUCUAUGUAUGUAGCUCAUUCAAAUACUAUUUCAACAAAUCUCACAAACAGAACAGGAAGUCUAAUCAACAAAAAUAACAACAGCACGUAUGUAAAUAAUCAAUAUCUACUUAUAAAUUACUCUGGAAUAUCUAACUUGUCUACAAACAAAACGAACACGAAUAAAAGUCUAAAUGUUAACUUACCCCCUCCAACUUUUCGUAAAGUUAAUAAUGUGCAAACAUGUAACUUAACAAAAUGUUCAGCUAACAAGUUGUUUUAUGACAUGGCUGUUAACGUGAUCACAGAUCAAACACAGCUUUCAACUAUAUCACAGCUAAAGUGCAAUAUGGGAAUUUUAGCAGCUUCCGAAGAGAAACUCUUGUCUAGCAAUCCAUCUAGUUGCUUUUACACAUCUUCUGAAUCUUUUUUAUCACCUCCUUAUUUGGAAAAAGUUGAAAAGAUUCACGAUGCAUUAAACAUUCAUCUUGGCAUAUUAAAUGAAAUACUUUCAUCGCUUUUUCUUAUGUCGAACAAUGAGUCUCAAGGUGCAAGAGUAAAUUAUUUUAACGAUAUAUUGUCUGUACAAAAGAUUUUAAAAAGUCUUAUGCAAAAAAUUAAUAACGUGUUGACGGAGCUGUCAACUUGUGGUUGUUUAUCUCUUGACGACCGAUCUUCAAAGGUUUAUACUCAGAGCUAUCAACAACUAGUUUCAAAAUAUAGCCAUGCAAAAAGCAGUUUUAUAACUUUGAAACAACUGGAAAUCAUGUACAAAACAAUGAAAAGAGAUUUUUGGGAAAGACAAAAAUACUUUAUAUUAGCAUGUUAAAUUAUUUGUACAUAAACUAUUUAAAUGCGUGUAAAUUAUUUGAUUAUUUAUUUCCUGU